UUUUAUAUACUUAUGGUGGAAGCGGGUUCAUCACCAUGGCUCUGCCCCUGAAUUUCUAAUUAUAAUUCAUAUUAUAUAAUUGUAAUUAAGGUAAUAUAUGAUUUGUACUCCUAUCCUUAUUAGAAUAGGAUUCAAGGAAAGGAGGUCAUUAUAUUAUAUUAAAUUAUGUGAAUACAAAGGCCAAAAAACAUUCUUGUCUCCUCUUUUCUGGCUACAGGUUAAAUAAUCCGAUUUGAAUUUCAGACAGAGACCCUAUUAUUGUUGAGUUUAUUAAUGGAGGAGCUUAUUGAUGAUGUGAAGCAUUGGAUUGCUAUGCUUUGGAGUCUUGUGUCAACCCUUUUCCAGCGUUACUUUGAUACUGCGGACUUGGCAAUUACUCAUGCUCUUGGGGUUACUUGGAGUAUUGUAUCAUACCCUUACUACAGGAUCUCAAGUGUUUACCAGCAUUACUUUUUGGAUAAAAUCAGUCCUUAUGGCCUGUAUAGGUGGAUUGUAACUGCUGUCUUGGCUAUCCUUUAUGGUCUUAGGGUUUGUGUUCGAGGAUUCUACCCAGGCACAUAUUUAGUGUUGUUCCACUUCUCUGGAAUUCUCUGUAAAUUCCUGUCCCCUCAUGGACUACCUGAUCCUGAUGAUGAUGGACCUGUCUUGCCAAUCAAAGGCCCUCUCAUUCGUCAACUUCCCGAGUUUAACUUCUGGUAUGCCGCAACAAUAGAUCUCUGUCUGGUAUUUACCAUGACUUUUUUUCCCGUAGUUGAUGUUGAAGGUUGCUGGCCUCUCGUUUUUAUUGCCUGGUGUCUAGUAUACGGUUAUAAGAUGGUUGGUGUAAUUUUCAAGUCAAAGAGAUACAAAUACAACCCAUUUACCCUUAAAGAGCAGGAAGUAGUCAGGAAAAGGACAGCAGGAAGUGGCAGCAGCACCACUGUGAAAGGACAUCAGGCUGUGGCAGCAGCAUCUGGAAUACUGAUUUCUGUUUAAGCCGAAAUGGAGUAGGAAUUAGGAAAAAACAACGCAAAACUAUAUGGAAUUGCUACAUGUAAUUAUAACUAUAUCUAUAUCUAUCUAUCUAUCUAUCUAUAUAUAUAUAUAUAUAUAUAUAUAUAUAUAUAUAUAUAUAUAUAUAUAUAUAUAUUUCCUUAGUUUUUGUAUAAAAAAUCUUGAGAAAAUUAGGUUCUCUUAGUUUUUCUUUACUCAUUACUACUAUUUAUUUACUGUAGUUUACGUUAUGUGGGAUGAUAAUUAUAUUCACGGCAUAUUUACAGGUUGAUUGGUUUUGAGUACUUAUUUUGGUCUUUCCUCUUCUCCUCUUUAAGGUAUUUGCAAAAUAACAGCUAGAUUUUUGUUCAGUUAUCUAGGAGCAGAAAUUUUUGUUUUCUAUAUCUUCUUCUUAUUCUCUAAGAGCCCAUCUCUGCAUCAGUUAUGGAUUACACUUGCUUGAUGCAGCCUCGUAAAGUUGCAGAAUGGAAGUCUUGAGUUUGAGAAGUUGGCUACUACCAAUUGACGAUGUCAGUAAAUAAGCAAUGUGUAAUCUGGAUGCUAAACUGCGUAGUUUAGCUUCAUCUAUUCAACAGCUCUUUUCCAGAUUACUUGGGUGAAACUGAUCGCAUUUAUCCUUUUAGAAACUGUUUAUUAGGAAGCGUUGUCCAUUGUGAGGCCAUUAUGUGGAGUUCACUUUAAAGCUACUGCAUAAAGUCACAAGCAAUUGUUAGCCUUGCGACGGGCGAAUAAAUUAUCUAUUUUUGCAACUAAAGCCAGCAUUAGUGGCAGAGAAGUGGCAUGGAAGUGACUUAAAGAAGCUCUACCUAAUUUGGGCAAGAUUUCCUGUUUGUUUUCUCCCUGCCCAAGCAUCUGUGAAAGAUAGUGAAAGCCUUGAAGAUCAAAUUCAUCUACAUUUCUGUGCUCAUGAACAUUACGAAAACUGAAAAGCACCACCAAAAUCUCACUUCAUCUUAAUGAUGACAUUUAUCUCCAAGAUUUAGAAAUUAUGGACAAAGGCCUUCUCUUUCUGUCUGUUCUUCCCGGAGUGAGUAAACUGCAUGUAGAAAGCUCUAGGGGCGUAUAGUUGAUAUGUAGAGAUAUUGUGUCACGAUUACAAUCGUGUCAUUGGGCCGGUUCCUUUCUAAUUAUUCGAAUUGGUAUAAUUUCUUAGUGGGUUGUUUAAGUUGUUGGCCCAAUAUCUAUUUAGGUCUUGUUUUCAUCUUUUGUCUUAAUUUUCCCAAAGGCAGAAUUGCCAGCUGUAAUGGACAAGUGUCCCAAAUAGUACCAGUAUUACAAGGACAGUUAUAGCUAGCAAAAACCCUUUUUAUAUUCAGCUCUUUGUACGCAAGAGGUAAUCAUUCUAUGAAAAAAUUUGAAUUAUUUUCCUGUUUAGUUCUUUCUUAUUUUCUGUAUUUUCUCCUUUUAAUCCAAAUUCGUAGCUUGAGUGCUACAUUUGGUAUCAAGAGCAUCGAUCUUGGCCAUCAUGGUGAAUCCACCGCCACCGUUAGAACAAAGUGAUGGUGAUGGUUCUUCAAAUCUGGGUUUACAGUUGCAAAAUUUCAUGGAAAUCUCAACAAAACGGAUGGCAUUGAUGGAAGAGAUACAACGCCGUAACACUGAGAGUAAUCAGCGAAUGGAAACGAUGGUGAUGGAAAUUAUAAGGAGAGAUGAGUCUGCCACUGAGAAUCGUUCAUAUAUAGGUGUUUUGCAAGGUGGAGGACACUCUGAAAUCGAGUAAUCAUCAGUGAACGGAGCUUUACGUCCAGCUCCGUCAACCCCAAUGAACCCAGCUUAUUCAACUCCUAUUGAGGUCGUAUCGGCGACAUCCAACAUAAAUCGGAGUUUGGCCUUAACCACCACCACAAACCCUCUUAACUUUCGCCAUAGUACUUUUCCUAACUGGAGUGAAGCUCACUCUUUCUCACCAAUAAACCCCUAUUUUUCUCACUCCCUUACAGGCGCCAUAAACUCAACCAUACCCGUAUCCCUUAGUACCUCACGACCCUUCAUAAGUAAACCGGCGUCUAGUGGGUCGUCAAUCCUUGGUUUUAGCACAUCAGGAAACCCUCUAACCUUUGGCAACUUCAUGCCUUUUCCUAUCACAGAAACACACACGCCUAAUGUAACCCAUAUACCUAACUAUUCCUUCUCAACCCAAAUUCCCAACUACAUACCCCAGUACACUGUUCCACCAGCCCAAAUGACGAUGACAACCCAAAACUACCAGAACUCACACUACCAAACCCACAUACCCCGUUACGCAGCCCAAGCCCAAUAUAUUACUCAUCGAGGCCCAACCAAUCCCAUAAUACCAUCCCCACACUCUUCUCUAAUCAAGAUAUCAAUUCUCAGUAUUUAGGAUUCCUUAAAGCUAAAUUGGAAUUCCCUGAGUUCGAUGACAAAAAUGUUAGGGGUUGGAUAAGGCGUUGUGAGUAUUAUUUCGAUUAUUAUCAAGUCCCUGAUGCAGCUAAAAUGACUUACGUGGCUGUUAGUGUGAAGGACAAAUUUGAUAGCUGGUUUGACUCUUAUGUCAUAGACCAUGGUGGUUUGAUUUAUUGGAGCCAAUUUUGCAGUGAUAUUUGUGAACGAUGUGAUGGAAUGGGGCCAUUAGAUGUGAUUACUACUUUCAACCGUUUACAGCAAAUCAGAUGUAGAUUGUUAUCAAUAGAAGUUCGAGGACCUUCGUUGUAGAGUUCAAGUAGUGAGGCCUCAGCUAAACGAGUUGUAUUUCGUUACUUGCUUAGUGGGGGGCCUGAAAGAUGAGAUUGGACCUAUGGUCAGGGUGUCUAAUCCUUAAACCUUGGUGGCAGCUUAUAACAUGACCAAGUUAUAUGAGCAGUCACAAAAUGCCCAGGCUAAAAUUAAUGCACCUAGAUACGCGAGGCCCAAUCAAUUUGUGUCAAACUUUAAGGCAUCAGGUCAGUCCGGUGUGGGAAUUCACAAAGGCCCAAUAGUCCCUGCUAAAGUUCCAGGCCCUAAACCAACGCUGGAAACUCUAAGAAGAGAGAACCUGUGCUAUAAGUGUCAUGAGAAGUAUCAUCCGGACUAUGUAUGUAAGCCCAAAACAUUGAAUGCUUUAGAGGGAUUAGAAGAAGGUGUUCCAAUUGAUGCUGAAGAAACAAAUGAAGUGGUCGAAAAGGUCGAAGAAAUGGACCACGCCGAAGUUACUAUAAAUUCCCUGAUGAGCUUGGAUCAUGCCCCAACUACAAUUAGAAUUGUUGGUCUAGUGAAGAGACAAGCAGUGACUGUUCUAAUUGAUAGCGGGUCAACUCAUAGUUUUGUUGAUUCGUUACUGGUAGAACAAUUUGGCUUAAGGAUUGAAACCAUGGCGAGGCCCAUGAGAGUGCGAGUGGCCAAUGGAAAGAUGAUGAUUUGCAAAUACUUAUGUUCAGUUUUCAAAUGGAAAAUGAAUGAAGAGAAUUUCUCUUUUGAUUUGCGAGUCUUGAGAGCGGGUGGUGCUGACAUUAUUCUUGGCAUGGAUUGGGUCGAUGCAGUGGCUCCUAUAGUGUUGAAUACAAAGCCGCAUAGCAUUUCAUUUUUUAAGGGUGAUAGAUUGGUUACCUUAAUAGGGUGUAAUGUUUCUGUCCCAAAUGCAAUUACCGACAUCAAAUCCAUUCAACAACUGCUCAGGUUAGGCCAGUGUUAGAUUUCAGCCCAACUGUCAACAAUGGAUAUUGCUGAACUUGGGGAAAAUCUCCCAACACCCAUUCAUAAAUUAUUGGAUAUAUAUUCAGACAUCUUUUUGGAACCCAAGGGGUUGGCCCCAAGCAGAUCAUGUGACAACGCGAUAGAGUUAUUGCCAGGGUCAAAACCUGUUAACCAGCACCCUUACCGAUAUUCCUAUGAUCAGAAAAACACCAUUGAGAUGAUGGUAAGGGAUAUGGUGGAGGCUCAAACAAUUGUUCCCAGUACUCCACCUUAUGCAUCACUAGUUAUCUUGGUCAAAAAUAAGGAUUCAACUUGGUGAUUUUGUGUUGAUUACAGGAAGUUAAAUGAUAUUACGAUAAAAAUAAAUAUCCCAUUCCAGUGGUAGAGGACCUCUUAAAUGAACUAAAUGGUGCUAAAAAAAAUUCAAAACUAGAUUUGAGGUUGGGGUAUCAUCAAAUAAGGAUGCGACCUAGUGAUAAGUUCAAAAUUGGGCUUUUGGAAUUCAAGGUGAUGCCUUUCGGACUUACCAAUGCUCCUGCAACCUUUCAGGCCCUAAUGCAAGAAGUAUUUGGACCUUUUAUCUGGAGGCCAUUGGGCAAUUCUUCGUAGCUAUGGAUAAAGAAGACCAGUGGCACGUUCUGCAUCUUCUGUGAAUAGUAUGAUGUAUUCAAAUCUUCUUGGGUGUUAUUUCUGUAGAACAACAUGAUUUUAGCCUACUAUCUUCUUAGAGAAAGAGACACACUUGGCUUUCACCAAGUUUUGAUCGCAUGCCAUUCAAUCUAAGUAUUUUGAAUAGGCUCUGACUGUUUAACACUUGUUGACACCCAAUUUUGUCCCGCCUCUCCUCCGAAAUACCUAUUUACGCUUCUAAUAUUUUUUGGAAAAUUAAAAAAUAUAUAUUUAUAUUUUUACCAUAAUUAUCAGCCUCUUAUUAAUACCCACGUUUUAUUAUUCUAUUACAGUUACUAAUUAUUAUAAUAAUAAUAAUAAUAAUAAUUAUUAUUAUUAUUAUAAUUCACAAUUUUAUCAUUUCGGCAUUUUGCCAGCUUACGCACACGCAUCGCAUUUAUCUUUGCAUAAUUAAAUAAUAUUAUUUAUUUACUGUGGAUUUUCGAAAUAUUAUCGUCCGGCUAUUACAGCGUCAGCUUAUUUUCAUCUGAGUACUAAUAAAUACACACUUUUAUAUCAGGGGAUAUUUUAGCACACUUAGUACAUGAUUAUUUUAAAAUGGGUUUCUUAUGUAAAUUUAGAAGCCAAACUAUUUCUUCCACCCAGCCCACAUUUUCAAUCAAAUCAGCCCAAUACCUUAUCCUAUUAAAUCAGCCCAAUCUUCAUUAUCCAUUAACCCGGUCCAGACCAAAAAGGACCCGACCCGUUUUCUUAAUUAAUUGAAAACGGGUAGGGUUCCUAUCAUUCCCCCCCCCCCCCCCCCCCCCUUUUCCUUUUCCUCUUCUCCGCCGCGCCUCCCCCUUCCCUCUUCCACGCUCUCUCCUCUCUGACACCCCCGCUCCCCUCUGCCGCCUCCACCAUGCCCUGUUCCCUUCCCACGCCUCUGUUCCCCGCUCCUCUUCUCCCUCCAUUCCCUUUAUCAUUUUUUCGACCCAAAAAACCCUAUAAAAUGGGGUUGAAUCGUCUCAACAGGGAGAUUUUUUCGGGUUCAUGAGAUUACCCCAAGAAAUGGAGGGUUUUUUUUGGUGAAAUUCCCCAAGAACGGAGGAUUUUUCGAUUCAUAAGAUUCCCCAAGAACAGGUUGUUUAGCCGCAGAAAUCCCUAGAAAUUAAAGUUGGAAAACCCCCCUAAAGCUAGAUUUUUUUUAGUUGCAUAAAUUCCCUAGAAAUUAAGAUCUGGUCAGCCGCCCAAAUUCCUCUAAAAUAUUAGUUGACACAAUUCCUUUUGAUAUUGAUUGAAGAUACCACGCAUUUUAUGCCCUUUUCGCUGUUUCGAAUCCGAGUACGCGCAAAUCCGGAGGUUGGUAGUGUUCGAGUGUGAAUCCAAGACCCCGCAUCCACUUCGCUGCACCCGAAGAAGGUCAGAGAACUUAAUUCCUUUCAUUUAUUUUUCAGUUCUUGCACAUAAUAUGUUUAUGCGCUUAGUUUGCUGUUUAGUUUAAUUGUCGUUGGGGUAUGCUUAUAUGAUGUAUUUUUGCUGUUUCAUUUGAUUGUUUGUGGCUGGUUUGCCUUCAUUAUGCUCUAGUCUAGUUCAAGACAUGUUUGAAUGCUCUUGGUUAAUGUUUAGCCUGUCCUAUACUUAUAGCCCGCAUUAUUUUAGUUCAAGUCUAUGAUGUAGCUCCAAUGUGAUUUAGUCCUUGUUUGCUUCAUUCUGGUUCAUUCUCUUUGUAUGAUUUAAAUUGAAAACCAGAUCGUUAUACUUGUAUGUUUAAAGUUUAUGCUCUUUUGGUCAAUCUUGAUUGAUUUCAAUAAUGUAGGAGAUUAAGCUCGAGUCUUCAAGAUCUAUUAGCAGAAAGUGUAAAAUCUUUAAGGACAACUAAUGGGAAGAGAUCCUAAUGUGGUUUGUGGUAGCUUCUUGCACAUGAUUCUUAAUCUAAGAUAAAAUGUGAGUUAGCUGUUAUCAAACUAUAUCAAUGUGAUUAAGGCGUUGUUUAAGGCUUCAGCGAUUAUCAAUUUGUUCCUUUGAAGAAGCCUAAAUGGCAAGUAGCCAUAUGUUUAAUUCAAACCUGAUUAAAUACAACCCAUUAACUGAUCCCGGCUCACAGUUUGGGUAUGACUGUUAAUGCGCUCUAAGUUUCAUGCUUCACUAUGCACUGGUCAGCAUUCGCUAUACAUAAAUUUGAUCGGGACCUUAAGGGCUGUUCGAUUUGAAACAUUCGGAGGCGGUUGGUCAAAGAAUGUGAUCCCAUAAUAUGAUCUAUGUGCUUAUAUGUUAGCCUAGGUUGUUUGGUUACAUUAAAUGUAAUAAGGGUAAGAAAUAAUCUUGAAUUCGAAGCCUACUCUAGUCCUAAAGGGUUUGUCACAAUGCAACCUUCGUUAUUUAAUAAACAUGUAUAAAAUCAGUGGCUUGUCCUCUGAUCCCCAUAAUCUUCAUCUUCCUUUUGAUUUUUUUUUUUUUUUUUUGUUUUUAUUAUUUCCUUAUGUAUAUUUCAGUUCUGGUUUGUUUGUUUUGGUUUCUUGUUUGGUAUAGGGGCUAGUAUUUAAUGGUAUGAUCCUACGUUAGUUGUUUAGUGGUUUGCCUUUAUGUUAGGUCAUGUUUAAGGUAGCUUGAAGUACUAGUUUUAUGUAUGUUUGGGUGCUGUCCAUCAUAAAAAAUACAGUCUAUUGACAACCGAGUAUUAAAAGGUGAUUUAGCUAAAAUGUUAACUUAUCUACACUUAAGACAGUUCUAUUUAUGAUAACUGUAUUCCAAACAAAAAUCAGAAUAUGUUGCUAACAUAUAAGUUAUAGCGGAAUGCAUCAGUUAGGUAUUCGAAUGAUCUGAAAGAUUUGUUGGGACUUUUCUUUAUACCUACUGUUAACGCGUGUACUUGGAAGCUUAAUAUCAUAUGUGUUUUUGCCUUAUUUAAUAGUUACGUACGUUUCUAAUCCUUAUUAUAUUUCUCUUUGCAUAUACACUGUGGGAGCAAAAAUGGAGUCUUCAUCAAAGAUUCUCGUUGCCGCAAGCAGUCUCGCUUCGAGACUUAAUAUCCGCCGCCGCUAAACCCAAAAACGUGCAUUUGUUUCUCGUUCAUCUCUAUCUCUUUCUCUCGAAAUGCAGUCGAGCAUAAAAGGGAAGCGAGAGGAAAUCCGGGAUCUUCAUUUGUUUCUCAAAGUCGCUCUUCUGAUCCCCCAAUAAAUGCAUUCGAACUGAGGCUAGAAAAGAAGGGAGAAGAAAGGAGGACCACUGCAUUUUCUAACUUGUCUCUGAUGGUUAAUUCGUUGUUUGUUCUUUUUUUCUCAUAUGUGAUUGUUUCUUUGACUUAUUCUAGAUUAUCAGUCUUAGAAUAUUGAAACCUUUUAGAGUGGGUAUUGGGACAUCAUUGCAGCGAGCCAAAGUAAUUUCUUUUACAAAGCUAUAAUCCAUUUCACUCCUUUUGAGCAAUU